AGAGGAGUGAGGGACGGAGGGUCAGGUUUAUGAUUAAAUGAGUUGACAAGACCAUGUGGAAUUGAAGGGAACAUUUUAUGCAUUACAAGUCGACAAACAAGAUGUCAGGAGGAGCUUUUUAAAUCAAGAGACGUCGGGGAAGACUAACUCGUCUGUGAAGUCAUCUGCAGAGAAAACGGUGAUGGCGGUAGCAAUCUCCAGGGAUCUGACGGUGCAGGUGCUGGAGGAUGUGAACACUGUGAAGCUGUCGGACCAACAGCAAGCUCUACGUGCUGCCAUCCAAAAAGGAGAACCCAAAAGUCUGGGGGUGGCUCAGGUGAUGCUGGGACUGAUGGUCAUGUCUUACUCGAUCCCCCUGCACUGCACUGAGGUCACUGAGGUGGUGCUCCUCGGCGUCCCCUGGUGGAGCGGACUGAUGUUCAUCAUAGCAGGAGUGAUUGCCAUCAUCCUCGACAAACACGGCACCAUGAACAUUCUCCGUGUGUGUCUUCUGGUGAGCGUGGUGUCCACCUUGCUGUCUGUGGUGGCUGUGAUCAUCUACUCUGUGGACAUCGAUAAGAACGUAGAGCCACUCUGCGUGAAGUCUCAGCGUAGCAGAUGCAGCCAGAGAUACUACGCCAUGAAGCUGAGCAAAGGGGUGAAGUCGUCCCUCCUCGUCUUCACGUUGGCUCAGACGGUGGUAUCCUCCAUUGUCUGUUUCCUCCUCUUCAGACAGCGACGCAACUUCGGACAGUACUCUUCUCUCUCUGCUGGUGGUCCCUCCACACCCACAUUACUUAUCCCCCCUGACCUGAACUGAUCUCUGAUAAGACCAGCAGACAUCAAUCACCUGAUGAUCAGAUUCAAUAUUCCUACAUGUUUUUAACAUUAUCAGCUGUGUCUGAUAUGAGACCAGCUGAGGGGCACAAAAGUUAAAAUGUUUUCACGACAGUCAGAAUAUUUGAACACUUCAGACGGAUGAGACAAGAAAUCCUUUAAACUUAAAAAAUUGUUGAUACAACAAACAUUAAACAAUACUACAAACAUAAAA